AUGCAGGUCCUUGCUCUGCUCCCGCUCGUCCUCCUGGCCCUGCUGCCCACAGCCGGCACUACCAACCCAGGCCAGUCCUGCCCGUCAGAGAUUAACAAGGUCAAGGACCUCCUGGAGGUGAACUGCACAGGGCAGGCUCUCAGUGUGGUGCCCCCAGACCUGCCCGCGGACACGGGCAUCCUGCUGCUCAGCACCAACCAGCUGGUGUCCCUCUCCACCGCUGCCUUCCUGCCCCUCACCCAGCUGCAGGACCUCGACCUGACCGACAACAGGCUGGUGGAUCUGCACACCGGGCCCCUGCUGCUGUCCCUGAGGGAGCUGAUCCUCUCCCACAACAUGCUGAGGACCCUGCCCACCCUGCAUGGCCUGCCUGAGCUCACCCACCUGGCCGUGGCCCACAACAACCUGGUGACGCUGGCCCCGGGGGCUUUCCUCACUGUGCCAUUGCUGCAGGACCUGGACCUGCGAGGGAACCAGCUGCAGACACUGCCCCGGGAGGCCUUUGUGGGGCUGAGGGAACUGAAGUACUUGGACCUCUCAGACAACCUCCUGGCGGAGCUCCCUGAGGAGCUGCUGCAGGAUCUGCAAAAGCUGGAGACCCUCUGGCUCUCAGGGAACCGCCUGCAGACCCUGCCCACCAACUUCUUCCCUGAGGGGCACUUCUUUGCAUACGUCUUCCUCACUGAGAACCCCUGGCAUUGCAGCUGCGACCUGCACUACCUGCGGACCUGGAUCCGGGAGAACUAUGGCAGUGUCUACCAGCCGGAGCGGGGCCUGGAGAAUACAAAGGUGGAGGUUGCCCCUGAGAAGGUGCUGUGCCACAGCCCCCCUGAGCAUUUGGGGAAGCCCAUCAUCUACUUCAAGUCCAACUGCCACAACAUAGGGGAUGCAGUUGAGGAGGAGCAGGAUGACUACUAUGAGGGGGAAGAAACGAUGGAGAAAACUACCAGGAUCACCACCUUCCCCUCACAUCCAUCCAUCCCCAAAGAGCACACUACCAUGCCCCAUGCUGUUACCUGGCCUCCCCUCGCUACCACAAGACCUCCCCUCAGCACCCUCGCCCCAAGCACUUUGCUUGCAAUGACCACAAGCACCAGAGCUCCCAGCACCACCGGUCCUGCGCCAGCCAGUCCCACUGUCACACCCACACAGGCCCCCAGCACUGCCGCCACCCUCAUUGCUGCUCCUGCCAGCACCCUCCACAGAUCCACCACCCUCGCUUCCACCACCUCACUGCCGACCACCAUGAUCACCAGACUUCCCAGCACCAGCAGCCAUCCCCAAACCACCCUCACCACCAGCACUACCAACACCUAUCCCACUCUCAUGGUGUCCACUAGCACAUUUCCCACCACCUCCACGGCAGUGCCUCCUACUACCCUGCUAGAGACCUCUUCCACUGUCAGAUCUUCAUCUCCUCUGAUGUCAGCCACACCAGUGGUCUCUACCACCGUGCUUUCCACUCAUGCCCCCACACUGCCAGCUCCCCUGGGCACCACACGCUUCACCCCGCCUGCACCUUCCCCUCCACCUCCUCCCCUCUGCCCGUGCUCCACCCCAGGACCAGCCGUGCUGCGCUCGUGGGCAGGUGGGGAGGGUCCACAGUGGGGGCAGGGAGUGCUGAGGCAUUGCUGCCUAUUGCACUGGGUGCUCUACCUGGCCUGCUUGGUUCUGCUGGUCCUGACCGUGCUGGCUCUAGCGGGCUUGCUGGCGUGGAUGUGUCUGGUGGGACUGCCCUCCUGGCACAAGCCCCUGCAGACCCAGGAGGUGCAGUAUCCGCUGAGGAGGUGGAGGGAGUCGACAGAAAGCCCUGUGAUGCAUCUCAGCAGCUUCAAAAGCCCCCUCCAGCGCCCCAUGUUCUGUACCAUCAAGGAAGUAGAGUUGUGCCCUGAGGUCACUUACUGCACGAUUAAAGACCUGGGGACACAGCGCAGUCCUCCUGCAAGUUCCUCUUUCUGCACCACAAAGGAGUUGUGGGUCCACCACAGUCCUCUGAAUGCCUCAUUCGAGUCGUUCUCCAGGAAGCUGAUGGUCACAAACCUCAGCUCCCUGAGGACCCCUUCUGCUUACAGCCUGGACAGGGGUGUCAAGGCCAUCGGUGAUGUCAGAGUGAAAUAUGCUGGCAACACCUUGUAA